UAAUAUUUGUAAACACGAAAGUCGAAAAUGAAAUUAUCUGCAACCUUACCUGCUAUAAAUUAAUAUCAGCUUGAUUAGAAGUUUUCAACAAGGAUAACGAGGUACUCUGAAGAGAAGCUGCUAAAAAUCUCACAAAUUUGUAAGGGUCAAGAGAAAAGCUUUAAUUAUCCGAAAGCGUUGCUUUUCUAUCUCGUCAUAGUCCCUAUUGGGAAAUUAAAAAACCGAAAUAGGCGAAUAGAACCAAGACGAUCAUGCCGCCUAAACGAUUGCCAGUACGCGAGGCAGUGGGUAAAAAGCCUCCUGCACUUGCAAGGCAGGUUGUAGAAACUCCGGUGCCAAGUUCAUCCAUGUCUGACGAACAGACUAGAAUAAAUGACGAAGAAUUAGCUUGGUGUAUUCACCAACUCAAAUUGUCCUUAAAUGCCAAGAAGCUGACAUCCAAACAAAUGGAUGCAAUUAGAAAGGAUGUUGCUAUCCUUGAAAAUCCCCAUGAGUUAUUAGUGAAAAAAAGAUGUAUUAUGAAAAUCAGUCUUGGAGAUUAUCGAAAAAAAAUGGAAUUAGAAAAAAGAAAAAUUCCUUUAGGUUUAGAAAAUGCUGCUAUUGCAACGGUUUCAACAAGUACUGGAAAGUUUAUGAGGAAAUCCCACCCAGCUGUUGCAGAGGAGAAACAAAAACUCAACUUUCAGCUGCCAGAAAAUAGUUUUAGAUUCAAUUUUGAUAGGGAUAAAAAAGAAUGAAUAAAAGUUGCACAUCAAA